ACAGCAUGUCGAAUCAGUUCUGAGACUGGCCUUGCCCUUGUCGUGCCGUGGUGAGUUGGACUCAAAAUCGAGUCGUGGGAGAGAAUCGUGUAGGCAUUACGAGUACUUCGCUGCCUGUCUGCCAGCUGGGCGCGUCGGUGUGUCCCCUGGGCUGAUCUGGUUUACAGGAGAUGACCAAGCAAAUGCUGUGCCGCGACGGUCUGCUGCGUUGGGUUGUUCAGCUGCUCCGGACGCUGCUGUUGCGCAUUAUGUCUCACUUUAAGGCCGAACUGCAAACCAGCUAUUCAAGCCCCAGCCUGCAGAUAGUGCCCAAAUAUGUGCCCAUACCACGCGUCAAAGGACUGCCCAUUGUAGGUACACUGUUCGAUUUGAUAGCAGCCGGCGGAGCACCGCACCUCCAUAAAUAUGUGGAUGCCCGACAUCGUCAGUACGGAGCUAUCUUCCGCGAAAGAUUGGGCGGCACCCAGGAUGCAGUGUUCGUAUCGUCCGCGAAUCUAAUGCGCAGUCUCUUUCUGCAAGAGGGUCAGUAUCCACAGCAUCCGCUGCCGGAUGCCUGGACGUUCUAUAACAAGCGACAUGACUGCCAACGUGGACUCUUCUUUAUGGAGGGCGCUGAGUGGCUGCACAACAGGCGUAUACUUAAUCGGCUGCUGCUCAAUGGUAAUUUGAAUUGGAUGGACGUGCAUAUUGAGAGCUGUACGCGCCAAUUGGUGGACAGAUGGCAAACGAGCCUCGAGCAGGCAGCAGCUAAUGGAGAACAUUACGAGCUGCCAGACCUAGAGAGGCAAUUAUAUCGUUGGUCCAUUGAAGUUCUCUGCAGCAUCAUGUUCGGCUCGAGAGUUUUGAUCUGCCCUCAAAUGCAAUGCGCCCUGGAUGAAUUCACACAAAUCGUCCACAAGGUGUUCGAGCACAGCUCGCGGCUGAUGAACUUUCCACCCAGGUUGGCUCAACUGCUGCGCCUGCGCAUCUGGCGAGACUUUGAGGACAAUGUGGGAGAAGUGCUGCAGCAGGGUGCAUCCAUAAUAGAGCUCUGCAUUAGCUUACAACGAGAGCAGCCGCAAUCGGAGCAGGAGCAGGAGGAAGCCUUAUAUCACAAGCUGCAAGCAGCGGCGGUGCCCAGCGAGAUGAUCAAACGAAUUUUCGUGGAUUUGGUCAUAGCAGCAGGUGACACGACCGCGUUCAGCAGUCAGUGGGCCCUGUAUGUGCUCUCCUGUGAUCAGCCACUGCAGCGUCGCAUCGCUCAGGAACGAGCGGCAGCUGAGUCGCAGCUGUUGCAUGGCCUGAUUAAGGAAACUCUACGACUGUACCCAGUUGCCCCAUUCAUUGGUCGCUACAUGCCGCAGGAUUCACAAAUAGGUGGCCAUUACGUGGAAAAAGAUACCCUCGUGCUCAUCUCUCUCUACACAUCCGGCCGGGAUCCGGCGCACUUUGAGCAACCGCUCAAAGUUCUGCCCGAGCGCUGGAUUCUCGGGCAGACGGAGCAGGUGCAUCAGCCUCAUGGCACCCUGCCCUUUGCCAUUGGCCAGCGCUCCUGCAUCGGCCGACGCGUUGCCCUAAAGCAACUGCACAUGCUGCUUGGCAAAUGCGCCUCGCAGUUCACCAUGCAGUGCCUCAAUGAACAGCCGGUGGACUGCAUCCUGCGCAUGGUGACUGUGCCCAAUCAGACCUUACGCCUCGCCCUGACCCUCAGACCGAAAGCGGCAGCCCUCUAAUAUAAUAAUAAGAUUC